UAGCGGCUGAUACCAGCAGGGUCAAGUUUUCAAUCAAGAAGAAAAACACGCAAGAUUUUUUAUUUCCCUGCUUUUCACGUUGGAACUUUUUUCUUUUUAAAAAAUCAAUAUAAAUCCAUUCUUGGGGAUUAUUGCUGGAUUUCUACAUAUUUGGAGGAUUUUAUUACUUUUGUCUGCUGUUUUCGUUGAGCAGAUUGUUGUCGUGAUUGUCGCAGGCAGUCGGGCUGGUGUUGCACCAUGAAGUUGACAGGGAUAUUUUUACUAUUGAUGCUUUGGACCUGCGAGAGUGCGAGAGUCGCAGAGAGCCGAGACGACAAUAGCGUGUAUGACUUGUUUGAUCUCAUCCAAGUCUCCAAGAAGAACCACGGCGUCUCCCUGGUGAAAGGAGACGACCCGUACAGCCCCGCCUACAAGAUCCUCAAUCCGAGCCUGAUCCCCCCGGUCCCCGAGAGGGCCUUCAGGGACCUGAUCGAUUCCAUCCACGCCGAGAGGGGAUUCCUUCUCCUGCUCAACUUCAAGCAGUUCAAACGGACCCGGGGAAGUCUCCUGACCGUGGAGAAGAAGGACGGCUCCGGUCCCGUGUUUGAGAUCGUCUCCAACGGAAAGGCGAACACUUUGGACAUAGUUUUCGCCACCGAGAACAAGCAGCAAGUGGUUUCCAUCGAAGAUGUGGAUCUGGCUACGGGCCACUGGAAGAAUAUCACGUUGUUCGUGCAGGAGGACCGGGCGCUGCUGUACGCGGGAUGCGAGGAGGUGAACACCGCAGAGCUGGAUGCGCCCAUCCAGAGCAUCCUGACGCAGGAGACCCCUGCCAGCGCGCAGCUCAGGGUUGGGAAGGGAGCCGUGAAGGACAGGUUUAUGGGGGUCCUGCAAAACGUGCGGUUUGUGUUUGGAACAACACUAGAUGCCAUCCUCCGCAACAAAGGAUGCCAAAGCUCAAUGACGACUGACACCAUGAUCCUGGAGAAUCUCAAUGGCUCUUCAGCCAUCAGAACAGAGUACACUGGACAUAAGUCUAAAGAUCUGCAGAUGGUCUGUGGCUUCUCCUGUGAGGACCUGGUCAGCAUGUUUAAGGAGCUCAAGGGUCUCGGUGUGGUGGUCAAGGAGCUGUCCAAUGAACUCCGCCAGCUUACGGAUGAAAACAAGCUGAUUAAGACCCACAUCGGUAUUCACAGUGGCGUCUGCAUUCACAAUGGUAUCGUGCACAAGAACAGAGACGAGUGGACCGUUGAUGACUGCACCGAGUGCACUUGUCAGAACUCUGCUACUGUGUGCCGCAAGAUCUCCUGCCCUCUGAUCCCCUGCGCUAAUGCUACUGUUCCUGAUGGAGAGUGCUGCCCGCGCUGUGGAACACCGAGCGACUAUGCAGAGGACGGCUGGUCGCCGUGGUCUGAAUGGACCCAUUGUUCCGUGUCAUGUGGGCGGGGCAUCCAGCAGCGUGGGCGCUCUUGCGACCGUAUCAAUAACAACUGUGAGGGUACCUCUGUGCAGACCCGCGAAUGCUACCUCCAGGAGUGUGACAAGCGCUUCAAGCAGGAUGGCAACUGGAGCCACUGGUCACCCUGGUCAUCAUGCUCUGUCACCUGUGGUGCUGGUGUCAUCACCCGUAUCCGCCUCUGCAACUCCCCCACCCCCCAGCUUGGAGGCAAGGACUGUGAGGGAGAGGGCAGGCAAACCGAGAAGUGUCAGAAGUCUCCAUGCCCCAUCAAUGGCAACUGGGGACCCUGGUCACCGUGGGAUACCUGCAGUCUUACAUGUGGAGGUGGUGUCCAGAUUCGUAAACGUGUGUGCAAUGACCCUGCACCAAAAUAUGGUGGCAAAGAGUGUGUUGGUGAAACCAAAGAUACCCAGAUGUGCAACAAGAAAGCUUGUCCCAUUGAUGGGUGUCUAUCCAACCCCUGCUUUGCUGGGGCCAAGUGCAUCAGUUCCCCUGAUGGUUCCUGGAAGUGCGGAAAGUGCCCAGUUGGCUACACCGGCAAUGGUAUCAAGUGUAAAGAUGUUGAUGAGUGCAAGGAGGUUCCAGACGCUUGCUUUGAGUUUAAUGGUGCGCACCGCUGUGUGAACACAGAUCCUGGCUACAACUGCCUGCCAUGUCCUUCUCGCUACUCUGGACCCCAGCCGUUUGGCAGAGGUGUGGAGCAGGCUGCUGCUAAGAAACAGGUGUGCACACCCCGUAAUCCCUGUCUUGACGGAAGCCACAACUGCAACAAAAACGCCCGCUGUAACUACCUCGGACACUUUGCUGAUCCCAUGUAUCGUUGCGAGUGCAAACCUGGCUACGCUGGCAAUGGUCAUAUCUGUGGAGAGGACACAGAUCUGGAUGGAUGGCCCAAUGCUGACUUGGUUUGCGUGGAGAAUGCCACCUACCACUGCAAAAAGGACAACUGCCCCAACCUCCCUAACUCUGGACAGGAAGAUUAUGAUAAGGACGGCAUUGGAGAUGCUUGUGACAAUGAUGAUGACAAUGACAGCAUUCCUGAUGACAGGGACAACUGUCCAUUCGUCUACAACCCCAGGCAGUCCGAUUAUGACCGUGAUGACGUUGGUGACCGCUGUGACAACUGCCCCUACGACAGUAACCCAGACCAGACAGACACAGACAACAAUCAAGAGGGAGAUGCCUGCGCUGUGGACAUCGAUGGAGAUGGCAUUCUAAAUGAGAAGGACAACUGUCCCUAUGUGUACAAUGUCGACCAGAGAGACACAGAUCUGGAUGGAGUGGGAGACAUGUGUGAUAACUGCCCCCUGGAACAUAAUCCUGAUCAGGUGGAUUCAGAUGAUGACCGUGUGGGAGACAAGUGUGACAGCAACCAGGACAUUGAUGAGGAUGGACACCAGAACAACUUGGACAACUGCCCGUAUAUCCCCAACGCCAACCAGGCUGACCAUGACAAGGACGGCAAGGGAGACGCCUGCGACCACGAUGAUGACAAUGAUGGCAUCCCCGAUGAAAAGGACAACUGCAGACUGGCCCACAACCCUGACCAGCUGGACGCUGAUGGUGAUGGCCGUGGAGAUGCUUGCAAAGAUGACUUUGACCAAGACAAUGUGCCUGACAUCUACGACGUGUGUCCAGAGAACUUUGAUAUUAGUCAGACAGACUUCCGCAAGUUCCAGAUGGUUCCUCUGGACCCCAAAGGCACCUCCCAGAUUGAUCCUAACUGGGUCGUCCGUCAUCAGGGCAAAGAACUGGUUCAGACUGUCAACUGUGACCCUGGCAUUGCUGUUGGUUACCAUGAGUUCAAUGCAGUGGACUUCAGUGGGACUUUCUUCAUCAACACCGAGAGGGAUGACGAUUACGCUGGCUUCGUGUUUGGUUACCAGUCUAGUUCCAGGUUCUAUGUGGUGAUGUGGAAGCAGAUCACACAGACCUACUGGUCAAAUAAACCCACCAAAGCCCAGGGCUACUCUGGCCUUUCCAUCAAAGUGGUCAACUCCACCACUGGCCCAGGAGAGCACCUCAGGAAUGCCCUCUGGCACACAGGAAAUACACCAGGACAGGUCCGCACUCUCUGGCAUGACCCUAAGAAUGUUGGAUGGAAAGAUUUCACCGCCUACAGAUGGCAUCUGAUCCACAGACCAAGAACAGGACAUAUUAGAGUUGUGAUGUAUGAAGGCAAGAAGAUCAUGGCAGAUUCUGGUAGCAUUUAUGACAAGACAUAUGCAGGCGGCAGGCUAGGUCUGUUUGUCUUCUCACAGGAGAUGGUAUACUUCUCAGACCUCAAGUAUGAAUGCAGAGAUGCAUAAAUGCACGGCGCAGGAAGCUCUGAGGAAUGCACCUUUUUGUAUAAAGUAUGAACUUAUGUAUUCUGAUGCAAAGUCCAGGGACCGAUUUAUCUCCGCAACUCUUUCUUCUGCAUCACGCACACUUGGACAGGGCGAAGGGCAUGUGGUCAGCCUCAGGGUAACUUGAAGCUGGUUUGGGCAGAGCACCAACCGGCUGACUGCCAGUUGAGGAUCAGAGAGCCCCUUCUCCUCCACCCUUAGCAUCCACAAGAGCAGGGAGAGCUGGGGAAAAAAGAAAAUAUGCCCUCUAGCUUUGCCAGUAGGACACCAACACCUUUCUAGCCCAGCUCUCCCUGCUUUCUUGCUCUCUGAAAGACCUCAUUCAUCUCUGUGCGGGAACGGUUCCCCAUAGACAACUAUGCACUUCCAAACCUUUACAUCUCUCUCUGUCCUUCUAUGUCACUUCUUCAGCCUGUGUGCCUUAUUACCUUAUCUUCUGGAUGGACAUCCCAAAGACAAAAACUGAUGAAAUAUUCCCUUUGCUUUACCAGGACGUAGAUUGUGAAUGAUACAACUUUUGAGGACUCAAAGGAUGAAGAAAGCAGUAAUAUUUUUAGGAAUCUUUGUUGUGACUUGUGACUGAAGAAAACUAUUGGGAGAGGAGUGCCUUAGAAAUAAGGGGAACAUGAUGUUGUGGAUGUUUGCAUUCAUGCAUGUAUGUGGUAGUCUGGCCUUGGAUGGAACAAGAAAGUACAUUUACCCAUAUACCUAAGAAUCCAUGUAGAGAAGAACUACAGAAAUAAGAAAUCCAAAAUUAAGUUUAGAUUAGCUAUAUUAUAAACAUGCAAGUAUCAUGGGCUUUGUUGGUGUUGUCUGGUUAACUAAACAACUCUCAGGGUGAGAUGGAAUUGAUGAUCUUCCCAUAUCAAACCAGUAAAGAAAAAAUACACAAGGAUUAUGUUUAAUAGAAAAUUUCCAGAGCCAACCACCUCAAAGGCAGUUUUCCCUCCAUAAUACUCCCCCAUCCCAAAUCAAAACCUUGGUCAUUGAAGAGACUUAUAUCCCUCAUCUUUUGAGGUUUUAAUUAGAGAUCAUGUAAAUACAUGUAAUUUAUUGACUUUUGCCUACAAUGUAGGCAGCAAAGGCAAUUUGAAUACUUUAAAAAAGUAGAAACAUCCAUCCAACAUCACAGUGCAAACUGACCAAAAUAAGGUACAGUCAGGUUUCAGAAGCAAGAUGUAUGCUCUUGUCAGUGUCUAUCAUCUCCCGCUGUGCAAAGUGAAUUAGGUAUUCUUCAGAUAGGGCUACUUAGCAUGAAGUGUAUGUGACUUGUGUGGCUUUUCUUCAGAGAGAGAUGAAAAACAAAGGAAAUCUUUGAUGUACAAAUAUUACCUCAUUGCUGUUAUAUAAUUUGAUCAAACAAAAACACAACCUAAGUACUUUUUCAUAUUCCUUUGAAAUGAUCUCAGUGCUACUGUAGCAUGAGUUGUAAAUAGUAUGACAUUUCAUAUCUAAAAACACAACCGAGCUCCCAAUCCCGUGUUCUACCCUAGUGAAAAUGACAGUAAAAUGGGAGAUUUCUUUUUUAUAAAUAAUUUUGCUUUAUCAUGUAUGUCCAAUGCUGUUUUUAGCAGAUAAAUUAUUGUUCUGUUUUGUCUUAGCUGUUUGUGAGAGGUUGAUUUGUGUGUGUGUGCGUGUGUGUAGAUAAAUGCUAUUUAAAUAAUUUAUCAGGAUUUGUUGCCUGACAAAGGGGCACGUGUCCAUCUGUAUAAACGGUUUGCACACUGACGUGAGGAUGUUCUGUUCUUUAUCGUUUUUACUUUUUUUUUGUUAUUGUGUAUCAAUGUUACCAUUAUUUUUGUACAAUUAGUUUUGCUUGUCUGUAAACAUUUUCUUAGUUGUACAAAGCAAAAUGCUGUUUUUGUUCAUAGCGAUUAUUUUGUUACAUACU